UGGCCCCGCCCCUAUAUAAGGGGCGGCCUCAGCGCGGCCCCGACCGCGGCCGCUGCGUCUCCCGCACCGACCUGCGCUCGGGAACCAUGGCAGACCAGUCUUUUGUGACUCUAGCCACAAAUGACUCCUAUGUGAAAGGAGCGCUGGUACUUGGUUCAUCCUUGCAACAGUAUAGAACAACAAGGAAGCUGACUGCACUCAUAACUCCUCAGGUCUCAGAUCUUAUGAGGAGAGUGCUGGAAAAAGUCUUUGAUGAAGUCAUAUUGGUAAAUGUCUUGGAUAGUGGGGAUUCAGCACACUUGGCGUUAAUGAAAAGACCUGAGUUGGGCGUCACACUAACAAAGCUUCACUGCUGGGAACUGACACAGUUUUCAAAAUGUGUUUUCAUGGAUGCAGACACAAUGGUUUUGUCAAAUAUAGAUGAGCUUUUUGAGAGAGAAGAGCUAUCUGCCGCACCAGAUCCAGGCUGGCCCGACUGUUUUAAUUCAGGAGUUUUUGUUUACCGACCUUCCAUUGAAACAUACAGUCAGCUGUUACAGUUUGCCACAGAGAAAGGCAGCUUUGAUGGUGCAGAUCAGGGGCUAUUAAACACCUUCUUCAGCAGCUGGGCAACAACAGACAUGAGCAAACAUCUACCGUUUAUUUAUAAUUUGAGCAGCACUUCUGUAUAUUCCUACCUUCCAGCAUUUAAAGCGUUUGGUGCAAAUACUAAGGUAGUGCAUUUCCUGGGAAGCACAAAGCCGUGGAACUAUACAUAUGACUCCAGAACAAAAAGCAUAAAGGGCAACAUGGAUGACCCUAAAAUAGUUCACCCAGAAUUCCUCAACAUGUGGUGGGAUACCUACAUAGCUGAUGUUUUACCAUUACUAGAACAGCAUGGAAUUGUUAAAGAAAUUAAUCCAGGGGUAAAUAUGCUAUCGGGCUUGGCCUAUACUCUGGCUUUCUCUUGUGGCUUCUGUAGAGAGGCAGAAGUUACAGAGGCAGUGUCCCACGUAUCAGUAUCACCACUAUUACCAACUGAAUCUUCAGAAGAACGCAAGGAACGGUGGGAACAGGGCCAAGCUGACUAUAUGGGAGUGGAUUCCUUUGACAACAUCAAGAAGAAACUUGAUACCUACCUUCAGUAGAAGUGCCUGUCUCAAACAGUGGUGAUGCAAGGACUUGUUCCAGAACUAACAGCUAGAAAGGUAUAGAUGGUGGUCAGUUACACUUGCUAGUAGCUUGAGGAAAAACUUCUUGGCUGAAGGCCUCUGCAGUGCUACAGAUGAAGACUGAGCAAAAGCUAGGAAGCAGAAUUCUUGGGCCACCUAUUACUGCCCAAUUUCCAAUUCUCCAUACUAGAUAAAGCCAGGUAUUUUCAGCUUAAAAUUUCUUCUGUUUUGAUCAAUUGGCUCAACAUAUUCUUUAAACUGGGUUUGUUACCUCACCUCAUUAGGUGAUUAGCAUUGAUUCCUUUGCUUGCUGUUUUAGAUGUAAAAUCUAAUUCAUGGGAUUGCUCAUACACUGGAGUGGUAGCCAUUCUGCUUUACCAUAAAUGUAUUAAUGACACUGGGAUACAUACAUGUAACAGUAAUAGCACUGCUUUGCUCUUCCAGUCACAAUUGCACUGAAAUUUUGACCAGGUUCUUACGCACAGUGCCUGCAGCAUGGCAGAAUGCGUUUUUCAGUUCUGUAUACUAUGGGACUAGUAAACUGAGUUUUAUCUGUUCCUUGCAAUGUUGCACUUGAUAUAAAAAUAAAAAGUUGUCAUGCAUUUCUGUCUUCCCUAAACUCUUGAGCAAUUAAAAAAAGGAGCUUUAAAGCAGUCUAACUAAAAUAUUCAACAGGUAUAAAUAUCCCUUAAGCUUUGCUCAUGUUACUCAAGCUCUCAUUAGCAAAUGUCCAUCUUUUAGUUCAUAAUUAUUUAGAAGUACUUAGUCAUUUGCUAGGGAGUUGUUUAGGGCCAAACCCUGUAUUAACUUGCCAUAAAUAUAGGACAGGGCACAUGAGGAAGUACCUGCUGAAGGUGUUUACAUUAGUAACUUGAAGUUCGGGAAGAAGGCAUCCUUCUUUCAAGUGACUGAAGAAACACCAUCCCUAAUGUAAGCCCUGUACACUGAACUUAGUCAUAAAAACAACUGUGAUACUAGUUGAUUAGAAAGAUUACAUAGCUGCUUAAGUAACUGUACCUAUCCUGGUAAGGAAAACUACUCUUUCCAUGUAUAAAGACAGUAAAGGAAGUGCUUUUUUUGCCACACUCAGGCUACAUGUUCUCCAAGACACAUGGAAAAGCAGUAAAAAUAAAGCAUGCUGAUGA